AUGGAUAACUCAAUUGUGUUGCUCAACUUUCUCAUUAUUGUCAAUUAUGCCGCCGUUACCAAGCCAAUGGAUUCUGUUUCCGAUAUAUUAUCUGCCGAAGGCUAUCGAAACGAAGUGCACAGUGUGACUACAUUCGAUAAGUACAUUCUAAAACUUCAUCGAAUCCCAUCUGAUAGCAUCUCUAGCAAAGUCGUCGUAAUCCUUCACGGCUUAGGCGCAUCUAGUUACGCAUUCGUAAUAACUGGUCCAGGCAUUCCCAGAAAGAACUCAAUAACAUUUAAGUUGGCUAAUCACGGCUGUGACGUUUGGUUGAUAAAUGUAAGGGGUACGGACUAUUCGCACCAUCAACACUUGUUACCAACGUCUUCAAAGUACUGGCAAUUCAGUUUGGAUGAAAUAGUAAAGUACGAUCUGCCAGCCAUCAUCGACUACGUUUUGAUGAAAACUAAUCAAACGUUUGUGCAUUUUGUUGGUCAUUCGCAAGGUACAACUGUUGUCAUGGCAAUGUUGUCGUUGUUUCCUCGGUAUAAUAAGAAAUUGAAAACGUUGCAUCUAAUGGCACCUUCUGUGUACUUUACUAACGCUGCACCUCUUUUAAAAACCGGUGUGAUGUUCUCCGAACCGUUAGAGGUAAAGAAGUGGUAG